AUGGGAAGGCACGCAGAAUGGAGAAGAAAUGCUAAAAAGCAAAGAAGAAAACGUAUUCGAACACUUCAAGCUACGGAAAGAGAAAAAAAAUUCUCAACUGAAUGGUAUGUAAAACAGCAAGAAAUAGAAGAACAAUUAAUUCUUGAACAAAUUAAUAAACAAAAUGAGGAAGAAAAUAAAAAAUGGAUUGAAGCUGAAAAAAUUGCAAUUGCUCAGUGGAAAAGACUCCAAGAAGAAAAAGAGAGGGCCACACAGAAGCAAUUGGAACAAGAAGCUAAGAUGAAACUAGAAUAUGAGUUGGAACAAGAAAGGAAAAAGAAAGAAGAAGAAAGAAUAAAAGCUUCUGAAGAAGAACAAAAAAGAAAACAUAAAAUGUUUAUGGAUCAUUUGGAUAAGUUCUUAUCAGGAGACUCAGUUGAGCCUCCACCUGAAUUAAAAGUGGUUCGCGAAACAAGAUCAGAUGCUGAACUCUGUCCAUUUUUCACUAAAACUUCAUGCUGUCGAUUUGGUGACCAGUGUUCAAGAAAUCAUCAAUAUCCAGGCAUUAGCAGAGUUUUAUUAGCCUCAAACUUUUACAUCCACUUUGGGCUAAGUAAUGCAGAUAUCAAUGAAUACGACACUGAUAUCAUGCUAGAGUAUGAAGAUAGCGAAACAUAUAAAGAAUUCAAAGAAUUCUUCUAUGAUGUAUUGGUUGAAUUUGAAAAAUUUGGACGAAUAGUACAAUUUAAGGUGUGCAAUAAUUAUGAGAAGCAUCUUCGGGGCAACACAUACAUAGAAUUUGCUGAGCUACGAUGUGCUGUUGCUGCUUAUCGAGCUUUACAUACCCGCUGGUAUGGCGGUAGACAGCUCUCCUUACAAUUUUGUAACAUAAAUUCCUGGAGCAAUGCCAUAUGUGGACUUCAAUUACGAAGGCGUUGUCCUAAGGGUCGAGCAUGCAAUUUUCUGCAUGUCUUCAGAAAUCCGAAUAACUUAUUUAAUCAUAAUCAAAAUUAUAAUCCCGAACGUGAGAAAGAAAGGAGUUCCCGUUCGUCAGCUCGAUCGUGGCGGUGGUCUGAAUCUCCAGAGAGAGAACCAUUGAAAAGAGUCAGUUCAAGACGUGACGAAAGUAGUGAAAGGCGUCAUCGAAGAUCACGCCACCGCGACCGUGAAGACGACGAUUAUGACGAUGAUGAUGAUGAUGAUGAUAGAUAUUACCGUCGAACAUCAUCCCGGCGCAGUAGUCACCGUCGAUAA